AUGAGGAGCACAAUGGGUGAUUAUGAUGAGACGGAGCUGCGGCUGGGUUUGCCCGGAGCCGGAGGAGGUGGAAAUGAAGGAGAGACAUCCAGGAAUAGUAGCGGGAAGAGAGGAUUCUCGGAAACUGUUGAUUUGAAAUUGAAUCUGAACUCUAACAGUUCUGAUGGAAAUAAAGUUGAGGAUAUGAAACAGAAGAAUUUAAUUCCGGCUUCCACUGAUUCUGCUAAACCACCUAACAAGGCCCAAGUUGUGGGUUGGCCGCCAGUUAGAUCAUUCAGAAAGAACAUUAUUUCCGUCCAAAAGAACGCCACCGCCAGCGAUGACAACAAAUCAGGUGGCAGCAGCAUGGCGUUUGUGAAAGUCAGUGUAGACGGCGCACCGUACCUCCGUAAAGUGGACUUAAAAAUGUACCAGAGCUACAAACAACUAUAUGAUGCCCUAAGCAAAAUGUUCAGCUCAUUCACCAUUGGUAAUUGUGGUUCUCAAGGACUUAAAGACUUUAUGAAUGAGAGUAAAUUGAUUGAUCUUUUGAAUGGUUCUGAUUGUGUACCUACUUAUGAAGACAAAGAUGGAGAUUGGAUGCUCGUUGGUGAUGUUCCAUGGGAGAUGUUUGUUGAUUCUUGCAAACGCAUACGUAUAAUGAAGAGUUCAGAAGCCAUUGGACUAGCACCAAGAACAGUUGAAAGUUCUGCAUCAGAUCCACAGUUUAAGAACUUCAAGUUCUGCUGGCCUGGGCGUAAGAAUUUCUCUCCGCCCCGCCGCGCGCAGCCGCCGACCAACCACAACCAUAGUACAACAAUGCCCAUAAACUCAUACUCUACUUACGGCGCCACAUCGACUCGUACCCCCGCCACAAAACCUCCUCUCCCACCAGCUUCACCUUCCUUAGUCUCUCGCGCCCGAUCUUAUUACGAUAUACGCCGCCCAUGGCGCGCGUUUUUCGACAUCUCCGCCUUUUCUCUCCCCUUCAGCUACGCCGAGGCGAUGUCCCGUAUCCGCCACAACCUCAACCAUUUCCGCUUCAAUUACGCACUUAUCGUCCUUUUCAUCCUCUUCUGCAGUCUAAUCUACCACCCCAUUUCAAUGAUUGUCUUUUUAAUCACCUUCGCUGCUUGGUUUAUCCUCUACUUCUUUCGUGACGACCCACUUGUCGUUCUCAAUAAGGUUGUGGAUGAUCGGAUAGUUUUGGUGGGUUUGAGCCUGAUUACUGUAGUUGCACUAGUUUAUACUCAUGUAGAGUUGAAUGUGCUUGUGGCAUUAAUCAUUGGGUUUGUUGUGAUCAAUCUUCACGCUGUUUCUAGGGGCAUUGAAGACUUGUUCUUGGAUGAAAGUGAGGCAGCCGAAGAUGGAUUGCUCUCAGUUGUUGGUGGGGAGCAGCUGUAUCGCCCAAGUUAG